AUGACCUCCCCGAGUUCUGCCUCCACCUGCUCCUCGAACCCCGGCCCCGAGCCCUCCGCUGCCGCCAGCCGUGAUCUCAACAUCAAGGCCCGGCUCCCCGUUCGCCUCGACAGCUCUAGCACCUCGUACUACGCGUGGAAGACCUACUUCAACCUCAUCUUCCGCGAGUACUAUCUUACCAAGCACAUCGAUGGCUUCGUGGACGGCGACUACAUGAAGGGCGACCCGGAGUGGUCCGCCAUCGAGGCCACGCUCAUCCGAUGGUUUUAUCAAACCGUCUCGAAGGACAUCUUCCACACGGUUGUCUCUAAGGACGACGAUGCUUGCGUCAUGUGGACCAAGAUCAACACGCUCUUCAUCGAGAACAAACUUCAGUGCCUUGUUUUCUUGCAGCAGGAGUUCUUCGACUGUCACCAGGACAACUCCACCAUCGAUGAGUACUGCAUGCGGCUUAAGAUGCUCGCCGAUGAGCUUCGUGACAUCGGGGCCAAACCCACUUUUCAGCGUGUCGUCGCGUACCUCAAGCUUGAGGAGCGCCGGAUGACAAAGCUGAAGCAGCGGGUCCAGCACACCGCCCUCGCUGCCGGCACAACCCGCGGCCGCCCCGCUCCACCGGCCGCGCCACCUUAG